AUGGCGGAAGCAGCGAUCCGGGCGGCGCUCGAGCAGGGCGGCGCCAUCCGCACCGCCAUCGUCGAGGAGAUUGCCAAAACCUUCCAGCCAGGGGAACCAGGCUUGCGUGCCAUUGAGAAAGCAGCGGGUGAGGUCGUGCGCGACAAGGCCAUUGAGGCAGUGACUGCGGUGUUGAAAGAUCCUACGUCAGGUUUGUCGACGCUCAUCAAGGACGAAUACAACAGGCGCGCAGACACUGAGUUUCCGUACAGGGCAAAGCUCCGCGCACUUAGCAUGGACGAGUGGGUGUCGGCCUGGCGCGAUUUGGUCGUAGACCAGGACCAGGUAUCGUGGACGCUCCAAGCCGUCGAGCAGAACAGUUCCCCGGCCACAAUCCUGGCGCUGCAGGCGGCGCACCCCGAGAACGCCGACUUGCAGCAGCUUCGCCGCGCGUCUACAGCGCGCUAUGCGGCAAAAUUGUCAUGGAAGCAGCUGUGCCUCCCCAGCCAUGGCGGCUCGUGGGACAAGCUCGAGAACUUCCUUAUGGAGAAGGCAGAUUCACCAUUGGACAAUGUCAAGGCCCUGGCGCGAUCGUUGCUGGUCUUGUUGAACCUCUUGGACCGCCGCUGCACUGUCGUGCAGUCCGCCAAGAAAACGGGGCCAGAGAAAGCUGCAGCGCAGAGGGAACACCUCCUCGAGUUCAUUCACCUGGCCAUCAAGCAAUGCAAGCGGCGGACCACGAAAGCGAGUGCGUCUAUCCCGCUUGGGCACGAGCUCUUGUUGCGCGACUUCGCCCAGGACCUCAUUUUGGCGGAGGCCGCGCUGGCGGCCAAGGGGCUCGGAAAAAGGCUGGCUGCGUCUGAUGUGUCAGGGGCGCCGUCGGCGAAGGCACCUCGCUACGGCGAGGGGUCUGCGGGCGCUUCCCCCCAGGUUUCGGCGCGCUCCAGUGGUUCAGCCAACCAGGGCUUCACCGCGAAGAAGGAGCCCGGCGACAAGCCCGACCGCGAGGCCUUGUUGGACACGCUGCUGCGCGAGCUGGAGCACGUGGUCCGGACCGGCAGCACCAAGAAGAUCCAGGAGCACGUGUGCAAGAAUUGCUUGUUCAGCGGCAAGGGCAUCGUCAAACGCACGCUGAAGCACUGCAAGGAACAGGGAAACGAUUGCAUGCUCCCGUGUUCUAAAUGCACGAAGGCGGGACGGACAAGCCAUCUCCUGCACUGGAUGUCGGAGUGCAAGAACUAG